GCGUUGACAGUAUUCUGACUUAUUAUAUAUUUUCACCUACAUGAUCCUCUGUCCUCACUUAUAUAUAUUUAGAAAUGAGAAAAUAGAAAAUGAAAUAGAAGGUGUAAUUAGACUAUAAAUGGGGACACAGAAAAAAUGCGUGGAAAUUUCCAUCCCGCGGAGAUUCAUAUACUGUAGGUAGCUUUCCUGGUUUUUCAGCCUCACUUUCUCCUUCAUUUACUCGCCACUCUACUACUAUAUUACUCCAAUUAAACAUGCAAAAUGAUUCACACACCCAAUUAAAUAAUAUGGAUGCGAUUGCGACGCUACCGGGCUUUAGGUUCUAUCCGACGGAGGAAGAACUGGUGUCGUUCUAUCUCCAUCACAAGCUCAGAGGCACAAGACUGGAGGAAAUCGACACCCUCAUCCCACUCCUCGAUAUUUACCAAUAUAAUCCAUGGGACCUUCCACUUGGGUUGGAGAGCGAGCAGUGGUUCUUCUUCAGCCAGCGGGAAGCGCGCGGCGGAAGGCCGAGCCGGCUGACGUCGGAGGGGUACUGGAAGGCGACGGGGUCCCCCGGCGACGUCUACUCUUCACACAACGGCAGUGUGAUCGGCCGGAAAAGAACGAUGGUCUUCUACGUCGGAAGGGCUCCAAACGGGACCAAAACCCCUUGGAAAAUGAACGAGUACUUGCCUCCUCCUAAUUCACAGCCUCAGUUAAGCCAAGAACUCAGCUUAUGCCGAAUAUACAAAAACUCAAGAAGCCUGAGGGCAUUCGACCGACGCCCGCCUCCGCCUCCCGACGUUGUUAAUCCAAUAUUUCAUCAUGAAUCACUGGAAAAUGAAAAUGACCACUCCUUCCAUGUAUGAAGGAUAUAUAUUCUUAAUUUCUGUAAUAAAACGCAAAGUUUAAUUUCAGAAUCUCUAGAUAGGUUUAUUUUGGGGAGUUCGGCCACUAUAUGACUCUAUGUGACGUGUUGAUUCAUUUCAUUUACGAAAAUAUAUACACGUACCUUACUAAAUGA